AUUUUUUGUCCGUGCUUAAAAGGCAGAGACAGUAAAAAGCUUGAGGACACUGUUGAGACUUGCAGAGAGAGCUUUUCUCAAUCUCAUUCAUUUACAACUUCACAUUUUCCCCCUUUUCUCCAUUUUAUAUUGCCUUUUUUUCAUGCAUUUUUCUGAAUCGUAUAUAUGUAUAUAUAUAAUGUGGAAAUAGAAGAAGAGAGGAGCUUAAAUAGCCGUUAAUUCAUCUCUGGUUUCUUUUGAGGUGGUAAGAAGAUGGGCAGGAAAGGUCAGUUUUUGAUCUUCUUCUCCUUAUUCUGCAACUGGGUUUUGAAUCUGAGCUCUGUUAAUGGCGCCACGGAUGCAGCGGAUGUUUCUGCCCUUAAUGUCAUGUACAACAGCCUAAACUCUCCUGGUCAGCUCUCUGGUUGGACUUCUAAUGGAGGCGAUCCUUGUGGGCAGAAUUGGAGAGGGGUCACAUGCUCUGGUUCUUCAGUUACAGAACUCAAAUUAUCAGGUCUUGGACUGUCUGGUUCAUUGGGCUAUCAGCUUACCAGUCUGACUUCUCUAACUACCUUUGAUGUGAGCAAUAACAAUUUUGGAAACGACAUACCAUAUCAGCUUCCUCCAAAUCUUUCAAGACUAAAUUUAGCAGAAAAUUCUUUUACCGGGAACAUCCAAUAUUCUAUCGCGCAAAUGUCUGCUCUUCAAUAUCUAAAUAUUGGUCAUAAUCAACUCCAGGGUCAGUUGAGUGACAUCUUUGGGCAGCUUUCUAGUCUCACCACUCUGGAUCUGUCCUCUAAUCGUCUGAAUGGUAAUCUUCCUGAAAGCUUCAGCUCUCUCACAAGUCUGACCACUCUGUCUUUGCAAGACAACCAGUUUACUGGUCCCAUUGAUGUCCUUGCCAACCUUCCCCUUCAAAAUCUGAAUGUGGCAAAUAACCAUUUCAGUGGAUGGAUCCCUGGCUCAUUAAACAACAUACGAAAUUUCCAGAAGGAUGGUAAUUCGUGGACAUCUGGACCUGCCCCACCUCCUCCUCCAUACUCAACUCCACCUCCUGGGCGUCGGGCCAGCCCAGGCCAUAAGUCAGGGGGUGGUAACAGUCCAUCAAAUUCUGGUGGAGGUAGCAAUAAAUCAGGUUUGAGUGGUGGAGGAAUAGCUGGAAUAGUGAUAACGAUUUUGGUUAUUGGUGGGAUUUUAGCAUUCUUUUUAGUGAGGAAGAGAUCAAAGAAAGGUGGACUUGUAGAGAAGCAAAGCCAUGAUCAGCCAUUUACACCCCUUGUCUCCAAUGAUAUUAAAGAAAUGAAGUCUAUACAACCAUCUUCAUCAAUCGACACUGCCUCGAUCCAACCAGCUUCUAUUGCUCUUAAACCUCCUCCCAUGGAGAGGCACAAAUCAUUUGAUGAGGAAGAAUUUGCUGCAAACAAAAUCACUGUUAAGCCUAAAAGAGAGAAAAAAGCUCCAAUAAGUGCCAACCCAUAUUCAAUAGCAGACUUGCAGAUAGCCACAGGCAGCUUUGGCAUUGAUAACCUUAUUGGUGAGGGCUCCAUUGGACGUGUUUAUAGAGCACAAUUUCCUGAUGGAAAGGUUCUCGCUGUAAAGAAGAUUGAUUCUUCAGCGCUUCCAAACCAAGAACCUGAAGAAUUUAUGGAAGCAGUUUCUAAUAUUUCACAGCUACACCAUCCAAACAUAACAGAGUUGGUGGGAUAUUCUUCGGAGCAUGGCCAGUAUCUUCUUGUCUAUGAAUUCCUCAAGAAUGGUUCACUACAUGAUUAUCUUCACCUCUCUGAUGAAUUCAGUAGGCCACUCACAUGGAACACCCGUGUUAAGAUUGCUCUUGGCACAGCUCGGGCUCUAGAGUACUUACAUGAAGUCUGCUCACCAUCGGUUGUUCACAAGAACUUCAAGUCUGCCAACAUUUUGCUGGACAAUGAGUUCAAUCCUCAUCUAUCCGACUGUGGACUGGGAGAUUUUGUUGCUAACCCAGAUAGUGAGGCCUCUAAUCAGAACCAAGGCUCGGGAUACAGUGCUCCUGAGGUUGCCAUGUCUGGCGUGUAUACUAUGAAGAGUGAUGUUUACAGCUUUGGUGUGGCCAUGCUUGAGCUUCUAACAGGUCGUAAGCCAUUUGACAGUUCGAAAGCAAGGUCAGAGCAGUCUUUGGUGAGAUGGGCAACACCCCAGCUCCACGACAUUGAUGCAUUGUCAAAGAUGGUGGAUCCAGGGCUCAAGGAACUCUACCCUGUCAAAUCACUUUCUCGGUUUGCUGAUGUGGUUGCUCUUUGUGUCCAGCCGGAGCCUGAAUUCCGACCGCCCAUGUCAGAGGUGGUGCAAGCACUAGUGAGGCUGGUGCAGCGCGCAAGUAUGAGCAAGCGUACAAACAGCGAAGAUUCAGGAGCUUCACGGAAGGCUGAGGAGCACGACAACCACGAAUACUCACUUUAAAACAGCUAGAGAAGUAAGGUGAACGGAUUCAUAUGCCAAAAGCUCUUCAUUAGAAAAAAACCUAUGGGUGCCGUUCGAAGAAACACAAGGGUUGAUUUCAGGGAGGAUGGUGUUGGAGAGGGAGGAGGGCUCUUGUUGUUUAUUGAAUGUAUGUUAGUUUUUGUGCUCAUUUAUUUGAGAAAAGAAAACAAAUGAUAUUUGGUAAUGUUUGUAGGGAGAAGGAACAUGGAUCUCUUGUGGAGAGUGUCUAUAUUGUGAUCCUUUUCUUUAUUGCCUUGAACCUGUUAAAACUUUGUAGAUGUUUUAAAUCAGAAGUUAAAGGGGGGAGAGAGGGAGACUGAGGCAUAGAAGAUUGAAAGGUGCUGUCUAUAUAAUUAGAAUUGUAUACUAUUGUAUUAUGUAAGACCACCUACUUUUGGUACGAGAAGAUAGAAUCAAUCAAAACUCUUGAAGUGUUUCAUUUUUUU